AACACCAUCAAAGUUUUCAUACAUAUCACAUCAUAACAGCAAAAAGGCAAUUUGGGAGCUGAUAAUGUUCAAACAGUACAUAUAUGGGAGCUGAUCCUUAUAUAGCUCUCUUAAUCCAACCUUUGUCAGCGAGUGUCUCUCAAGUCGAACUUUCGCUUGAUUAACCAAAUGCGGGGGCCAGCGAGAUCAUCUCGAGCUCUAAAAAUUUUAAAACUUUACCCUGGAGUCCUUAGCAAUAUUAUUAAGCUAUUUGUGUUUCAUAAAUAUUUGUGUUUUUAGCCCAUAAUAGAGCAAAUUUAGACAAAAGUUUCAAGAAUUUCUACUAUAUCAUGAAGCAACAAACCGUUUGGAAGAACCAACAAAAAGGAAGUGCCAUACUCCUUUGCCAAACGUGCUAAACAAUCAGCUGAAUUAUAUCCGCAAAUCCUCACUAGGAUCACCAGAUUAUCACAUCCAAGAACCACUUAAGAGAGACCCAAAGUUCUACCUAUUUUGAGACUUUGAUAUGUAUGCUGCCCACAAAACCAUUAAUCCAGUUCCCUUCAAAGAGAAAUUCUUGCCUAGACCUAAAUUGAAUAUAUCAAUUCCUCGGAUUCAACUUUCCCUAUGUGAUUUACAGACAAGAUUUCUCACUAUAAAAUAUGGAGACAAUUCUAUGUGCAGACCAGAUUCAACUUUUACAUAUCAUGCAUUAAUUGAAAUUUUUAUUUAAAGGGUUUAAGUUGGAAAUUUAUUAAAAUUGAGGCAGUAGAAUCAUUAGGAAUCAAGAAGAAAUAUCCAGCCAGAAGUUGAAGAAAAUUGUAGACAAUUCACUUAAACUUAUGGUGGAAAUUAUUUGGACUGCUGUCCCUUACAUCCACUGUAAACAGUGUUGGUAAGAGCCGUGCGUGUGAAAGAGAGAAACAUAAGAGAAAUUUUAUUGUAAAUGGGUGAUUUUAUAUACGCAUAUUAUAUGAAAUGGCAAGCAUAUAGAAUUAUAGUUAUUGAAUUAUUAAAAAAAUUACUUAAUAGUUAUAAUUUUGUGAGGUCUAUAUAUAUAUGUAUAUAUAUAUAUUCAAUUUUUAUAGCUAUAGCCAGGCUACAAUUGUUUUUCAUUUUCUGAAGGAGGUAGGAUCAAGGAAAUUUUCGUAUGCUAGGCUCAAGCAAUUCACCCUUCAUUAAAGACAAUGGAAUCAGACACUGGAAACGACAAUUUAAUUCUGUGGAUGCAUUUGUCCAUCCAAGCUUGUACGCUAAGCCGUCUUUGAUCAUGACAUUUUUCAUUAGAUAAUUAAGAUAAGCUUCAAAGCACAUUGUUUUCAGAAAAUUAAUUCCUUACUCAGCAGCACCAACGCUUUCUCUUUUAAGAACAGGCUGCCACAUGCAUACAUAUAGAUCCACAUAGACAUGGAGGAGAUAUCAGAGACGGCUAAAGCUUACUAUGCAAACUUGUCAGACAAAGAGAAACGAUUGGCAACCGAUCUUUUCAAAGCAAUUGAUGUAAACGGAGAUGGGAAAAUUAGUUUCGACGAAUAUGCGCAAUACCUGAAGCAGAAGGGCUUUAAAACGAUUUCUUCUCCUGACUUCUUCAGAAAGCUAGACAAGGAUGGUAAUGGCACCUUGGAUUUCGAUGAAUUUGUCACUGUGCACUACAUAUGUUCGAGCGAAAGAGUUUUCUCUUGCGACGGGUGCAAAGUCUUUCUCGAUGGUGUUUACUUUACAUGCUUUCAAUGCUUUAAUGGUCCUGGUAAUACCUAUGAUCUUUGCUGUGCUUGUUAUCGAGAUAAAAAUGUGAAUCAUCACAAGGAUGCUGUGUUUCUUGAUAAUUAUACACUGCUACAAGCCAAGAGGCAGCAGAAUAAGGAUCAGUACAAAAAUGAAGGAGUUUCAGAGGUUGUUGAACUUGCAGCCGCUGGUAUUGAAACUACAUCCAAUGUUAUCAGCUUAUGCAACCAAAUGUAACCUAGCAAGCAGCAUCCCUUGUUGCAUACAAACCCGACAUCGUUUCCUUCUGCCAGCAGCUCAAAACAAAAAUAUACUCUGUUCUUCUGUUGCUUCUUUUUGUACUAUCCAUUUUUUUCCCCUAUUCCUGAAGUAAGCUCUGGUAUUGUAUUUUUAUUGACAAUAAAGGCUGUGUAUCUUUUCUACUUGGAGUUUUGAAGUAUUUUCAAUAUAUCAAAUCCAGGGAUAUUGCUGCUCU